AUUGUCCCCGCCAUCCCCUCCACCGUGACGCCCUGACACUGCUAAUAGGCCCUAACAGCCUUGGCUACCACGACUCAUCCGAGUCACCCCCCGCGAUAAGGUCCCUAUAUUUGGCCAUCCCGGAGCCUCGGAGUCACGGGACAGCUUACGGGGCAGACAAAGGGCAGAACUCGCGCCAUACUUCGGAUGCUCCGCAGUUAUGUACAGCAUCCAUAGUCCUUUUGUGUCUUCCCCACUUCUUGAGCCACUCGCAUUUUAAAUUUGCUACACGUAUUUAUACAGCUUCGUUCUGGCGAGCUGCGUGAACGUUACCUUUCCCACUGUUCCACCAUCUUGAUAGCAAUGGAGGUCAACAAUGACUACGAUUUCUCACUCCCAAUGGCGUCAUUGCUUCGCGUUGGUACGUCCAAGGCCCAUGAAUCUGCAGAGAACAGUCAAGGUGGCGUCCGGCUCGUAAAGGGCGAGCUGGACAAGGAAGAAUACGUGUAUUUUUUAAUGAUCCUAUGGCACGUAUACGACGAACUCGAGAGGGGUUUAGAGACGCACGCGUCAUACCCAACGCUACAACCAACCUAUAACCCUACGUUGCUCUCCCGCACCCCGAGUCUCUCCCAAGACAUUUCGUAUCUACUUGAGGUUCCGGAAGCACAAUGGCAGAUGCACCCAUCGCAUAGCUCAUUGAUGGCGUCCCCUCCCAAGCCUUUUGUGGAAUAUACCACGCGCCUCAGAGAGCUUUCUGGACUUUCGGACCCCUCAUGCUUACUCGCACAUGCUUACGUCCGCUAUCUCGGUGAUAUGAGCGGUGGCCAGUUUAUACGACGACGUAUAGCCAAGGCAUACGACCUAGACGUGGACCGAGGAGAUGGAAUCCGAUUUUACGAUUUCAAGAAAUUGGACAGUAGUGAAUCUGCCAACAUGGGGGAUCUCAAGAAGAUCAAGGACUGGUACAGAGAUGGAAUGAACGCUGGGAUUGGUGAAGAUACCACGUUGAAAGCGGCUGUACUGGAAGAAGCCAAUAAGGCCUUUCAGCUGAACGCCAGUAUCUUCGAUUUGCUACAAGGUCCGGAGGUGCGAGUCCAGGAACCACAGCCACCAGCUAUCUCAGCGCCGAAACAGCCAAAGGCACUAUAUGUCCCAUUACUAGUUUCCUUUGGUGGCCUUCUUUCAGUGGCAAUGACCGUGGGCGUGGCUCAUGUCGUCUACAUGGGCACUAGCAGCGCCAGUGGCAAUUGUGUACUCAGGGGGGUGGAGUAUUGGUUACGAAACAUUCUGUCGACAUCAUAAUGAUGCUGAGACGCGUUGUAUUUCCAAUGGGAUGAUGGGAUGGUUUGGAGUGGGCAUUCCAAACCUUGAGUAAUUGAGUUGUAGCAUACAUAUCGUCACGAGACAGGCUUGCGUGUACUAUAGUUUAUGAAAUGAUGGACUUAUAAUUGGUAU